UCAGUGAACCAUAACUCCCACAUGCAGAACAGAUUCCCCUCGAUCGGACGGCUGGCUUUUAUUUUCUUACACUGAACGUUCCCGCACUCUGUACUCUCGAGCUCGUUUUAAAGUAGUGUCUUUUCGUCUCCAGUGUCCACCAUCUAACUCUCUCUCUCUCUCUCUUUUCGUUUGUAAUGGAGAACUCUUCUUCUUCUUCUCGAUGGCUUCUGCAGGUCUUAAUUUUCACGACUCUGGUAGCCGUAAGGGCUCAGCUUCCCGGCACGUGGGAACUCCUGGUCCCGAACGCUGGCAUAGCCUCCAUGCACACGGCGGUUACUCGUUUCAAUACGGUGGUUCUUUUGGACCGGACCAACAUCGGACCAUCUCGUAAAAUGCUACCCAAAGGCCACUGCCGUAUCGACCCGACAGACGUUAUCCUCAAAAAGGACUGUUACGCUCACUCCGUCGUUUUCGAUCCGCAAACCAACCACAUCCGACCGUUGAUGAUUCUCACCGACACUUGGUGCUCCUCGGGUCAGUUCCUCCCCGACGGGACACUUCUACAGACUGGAGGAGACUUGGACGGGUUUAAAAAGAUCCGGAAAUUCGAACCGUGUGAACCCACCGGGUUCUGCGAUUGGGUGGAGCUCAGAGACGUGGAGUUAGUUAACGGCAGAUGGUAUGCAACGAACCAAAUCUUGCCGGACGGAACUGUAAUCAUCGUCGGAGGGAGAGGAACGAAUACCGUUGAGUAUUUUCCACCGAGGAAAAACGGCGCCAUUGAACUGAAAUUCCUUGCAGACGUGGAAGAUAAGCAAAUGGACAAUUUGUACCCUUACGUCCACCUCCUUCCCAACGGUCACCUUUUCAUCUUCGCCAAUAACAAAGCAGUAAUGUACGACCACGAGGUCAAUAAAGUAAUUCGUGAUUACCCAGCGUUAUCGGGGGGCCCGCGGAAUUAUCCCUCAGCUGGGUCGUCGGUGAUGUUAGCUCUCGAAGGUGAUUUUUCAACGGCUGUGAUUGUUAUCUGCGGUGGAGCCCAAUACGGGGCUUUCAUCGAGAGGAGUACCGAUACUCCAGCGCACGGCAGCUGUGGGCGAAUUGUAGCAACUGAUCCAAAGCCGGGUUGGGAAAUGGAGGAUAUGCCAUUCGGGAGGAUCAUGGGAGAUAUGGUGAUGCUUCCGACAGGUGAUUCGCUGAUCAUCAAUGGAGCUCAAGCCGGGACCCAAGGUUUCGAGAUGGCUUCCAACCCGUGUUUAUAUCCGCUUCUUUACCGACCCGAUCAACCGGCUGGUUUACGUUUCAUGACUUUGAACCCGGGAAAGGUUCCCAGAAUGUACCAUUCAACCGCCAACUUGUUACCUGAUGGGCGGGUUUUAAUAGCGGGUAGUAACCCGCAUUACUUUUAUAAAUUCGCCGUUGAAUUGCCGACCGAACUGAGGCUCGAAGCAUUUUGGCCGGAGUAUUUAUCUCCCGAUCGGGCCAAUAUCCGACCCGUAAUCGAGGGAAUUCCGGAAACGGUACGCUACGGCGAGGCGUUCGAUGUUUUUGUGUCGGUUUCGUUGCCGGUUGUGGGAAUUGUGGAGGUUAAUUUCGCCAGCGCGCCUUUCGCCACACAUUCGUUUUCGCAGGGUCAAAGGUUGGUCAAACUUAACGUUGCACCGUCGGUUCCAGAAGACGGUCGGUAUAGGAUUAAGUGUACGGCGCCGCCUAGUGGAGCGGUUGCUCCCCCGGGUUAUUAUAUGGUAUUUGCAGUUAACCAGGGCGUGCCAAGUGUCGCACGCUGGGUUCGUGUGGUUUCUAAAAUUGUUUAAUUUUUUUAAACCAUUACUGUUUUUUUUUUUAAAUUUAUUUUUAACAAAUAUUGCAAAGAUGUGCAAAUUGUAUUAGCAUUCCAAGCCUUAAAACUUUGAAUUGUUUAUAUACAAAUGUACUAUUUCUUGUCCAAAUCCAAAUGAAAUGAUCCAUCAUUUAUUUUUUGUCAA